UAUGAUUCCAAUCUGCUCCGUGUCCAUCGAUCAUGGCCACCGAAAUCUUAAUCUCCCCCAUCGAUCAAGCCGCCGCAACCCCCGCCCUGCCGCUGCAGCCCGCCGCAACGGCGGGGAGCACGCGGAUGUGGGGGUGGAUGGCGACGACGGCGCGGGCCGUGGGCGGCGCUUGUCUGCACGUGCUAGAAAGCUCGGCGACAGGCACGCUCAUCUUCACGUCGGUGAGCCUGUUGCUGGUGUGGCAGCAGAAGAAGAAGACGCGGAGGCCGGCACGGCCCCUCACCCGGUCCAUGUCGAUAGCCAUGCUGCAAGGCGGCGACAAGGCGAUGCAGCGGUUCAAGCUCUGCCACGACGCCAUUCACGACGAAGCCAAGCUGAAGGCCGCCGUCGAUGACAUGCGCCGCGAGAUCCACAUGCCCCAAAUCGACUUCGCCAAAUUAUACGCAUGCGUCGGAGUCGUAGAGAUUAGCGGAAAAGAGAAGGAAGCAAUCGAAUUGCUCGAAGACGCCCUAAAGAGACAAAAGGCCGAGCACACGCACGAGAUCCAUGAGCUCGAGCUCUUACUGGUCGAAAUGAACAUUUACCAGGGAAACUACCAAAAGGCUCUGAAUUACCCAUGCAUGAAAGCAGACGACAUUUCUUCUGCAGAUGCUCGAGUUCAUUUAUAUCAGGCGGUGAUCUACACAAUGAUGAACGAUGAAGAACGAGCCAGAGAGAGCUACAAGAAGAUGAGGGAAAUUCGAAGCGGAUUCCAUGGGCAAAAGUUCUUCAAGGAGGGCUCGUCGAUGUCGCUUGACGUUGCUGAUUUCGACGAGUUCGCGAAGGUGGCGAAGCGACUGGUGCAAGAGAUCCAGGAAGCUCAGUCCGGAACGCCAGCCGCCAAAGCUCAGGAAUCUCAGCAAAAAACUGAUCGAUCAGGGCAAACAGAUGGGAAAGAGAUCAAGGAUGCUCACUCCGGAACGACAGCGGCCGAAGCUCAGAAAUCUCAGCAAAAAACUGAUCAAUCAGGGAAAACAGAUGGGCAAGAGGUCAUAAAUGCUCACUCCGGAAAGACAGCCGCCGACGCUCAGGAAUCUCAGCAAAAAACUGAUCAAUCCGGGAAAACAAAUGGGCAAGAGAUCAAGGAUGCUCACUCCGGAAAGACAGCCGCCGACGCUCAGAAAUCUCAGAAAAAAACUGAUCAAUCCGGGAAAACAGAUGGGCAAGAGAUCAAGGAUGCUCACUCCGGAAAGACAGGCGCCGACGCUCAGAAAUCUCAGCAAAAAACUGAUCGAUCAGGGCAAACAGAUGGGCAAGAGAUCAAGGAUGCUCACUCCGGAACGACAGCCGCCGACGCUCAGAAAUCUCAGCAAAAAACUGAUCAAUCCGGGAAAACAGAUGGGCAAGAGAUCAAGGAUGCUCACUCCGGAAAGACAGCCGCCGACGCUCAGCAAUCUCAGCAAAAAGCUGAUCAAUUAAUCGGAGCAAACGGUACAGUCGCCCGCGGUACAGGCAGCGCCACCAACUGAAAAAUAAAUUAUUAUUUUUUUUAAAAAAAAAGUGAAAACAAAAGAAUGAAUGCGAGAAAGACGGUUGGCAAGGAUAAGUUUAAACAAAGCUUAAUAAUAAAUCUUAAUUUGAUUGUUUUUUA